AUGGACGAGCCUCAACAGCCCUCCUCCCUCGCAACAGCCUUCCCAUCGCCGCCGCCUUUCUGGACCUCCUUCACGCCCUCAAAUAUCGAGCAGAUCGCCUCCCUUCGCGCCGCGGCGCUGUCCUCUGCCCAGGCAAAAGCCAGCGACGCGUCCCCCAAACUCCCGCUGCGACUCCUGGAUCUGCCCGCCGAGUUGCGCAACCUGCAGCCGCCAGAACCACCUGCAGAUGGCCAUUACAGAUGUUUCGGAGAUCAGUUCUGGCUUGACGCCCCCCUCCCGACCCUGCAAGAGCUCUCCAUUGACCAGCUCUACACGCCGCCGGCCUCACCCUCCCCGUCCUCCUCCUCGAUCACGAAGCCGCACCACGAUCGGGCGUUCACGCUCAAGCGCCUUGCCAAGUCCCUCUUGCUGAACUUCCUGGAGCUGGUGGGCAUCAUGGCCAUCAACCCGGAGCACUACGUGGAGAAGGUGGACGACCUCAAGACGCUGUUUGUGAACUUCCACCACCUGCUUAACGAGUACCGGCCGCACCAGGCGCGGGAGAGUCUGAUCUUGAUGAUGAGGGAACAGUUAGAGAGGAGUCGAGCGGAGACGAGGGGCAUUAGGGAGAUGAAAGAGAGGGUCGAGGGGGUGUUGGAGGGCUUGGCUGCUAAGGGCGUGGAGAAUCUUGCUGUGGAUGUGCAGAUGGAAGAGCCAGUGGCGGAUCGAGGGAGGGAGGUCUGGGAGGAGCUGGAAAGGCAGUUUGGGGGUGUGGUCACGUGA